AUGCCUGACAAGAUCCUCGACGACAUCUCCCACCGCCGGUACAACCCGCUCAAGGGCACCUGGCUGCUGGUCUCCCCUCACAGGACCAAGCGACCCUGGCAAGGCCAGAAGGAGGGCCCCUCCUGCUACCUUUGCCCUCGCAACUCUCGCGCUGUCGGCGACUCGAAUCCCGACUACAAGAACACCUUCGUUUUCGUCAACGACUACAGUGCGGUCAAGGAAGACCAGGCCGAGUACAAGCCAGAAGACGGAGGUGAUGAUCUCGCCGCUACCCUCCUCCGCGCCGAGGCCGCCACGGGCAAAUGCUACGUCCUCACCUUCUCCGAGAAGCACCACGUCACCCUCGCCGACAUGACGACCCAAGAAAUCGCCCCGGUCAUCGACGUCUGGACGCACAUCUACGCCUCCCACCUCUCCCCCUCCAACCCUCUCUCCAAGGUCGCCGCCGCCCUCCAGCUCCCCGCCGCGACGCCCGAGAGCACCGUCACCCCGCCCCGCGACCAGCUUCGCUUCAUGCAGAUCUUCGAGAACAAGGGCGCCGCCAUGGGCUGCUCGAACCCGCACCCUCACUGCCAGAUCUGGACCACCUCCACCAUGCCAGAGGAGCCCGGGACCGAGCUCGUUCAGAUGGCCAAGUACCGUGGCCAGCACGCCGGCCGCCACUUGCUGGGUGACUACGUCAAGGUCGAGAUGGAGAAGAAGGAGCGCACGGUGUUUGAGAAUGAUGCUUUCAUCGUUGUGUGCCCUUGGUGGGCCGUCUGGCCUUUUGAGGUCAUGAUCUUGCCCAAGAGGCAUGUUCGUGCCUUGGUGGAUCUCAGCGCCGAGGAGAGGAUGCUCUUCGCCGAGGCGAUUCAGGAGGUUGCGAGGAGAUACGACAACCUCUUCGAGACCCACUUCCCUUACAGCUCUGGCAUUCACCAAGCGCCUCUCGAUGCCACCAAAGAGGAGGCCGAGAACAGCUACCUCCACAUGCACUUUUACCCGCCCCUGCUCCGCUCUGCCACUGUGCGCAAGUUCCUUGUGGGCUAUGAGCUGAUGGCCGAGCCUCAGCGCGACAUCACGCCCGAACAGGCGGCCGCGAAGCUGAGGGCUAUGGGCGGUGAGCUGUACCGCAAGUCGAUUUAG